UCUUGGUCCUUUUAUCGUAUUAUUUUUAUAAAAGAAAAGUACAAUUAAUUAAGAUGAGUGACAUUUCUUCUGAGACUAUUCUUUCAGAUUCGUUUGAAGAUGAAAAUACAAAUUCUGCUUCUUCUGUUACUAGUAACGAAUUAUCAUCAGGUGAUAAUGGCUUAGAAGUUUCAGUAACGCCUGACAAUAAAUCUUAUAAUGAGAGCACACUUAUUAAAACCACAAAAAAAAAGGUUAAUGUGAUUACUUCGGAUUCUGAAAAUGACCAAGAUAUUAGCUAUGGUUUGUUUCACCGUCAACUUCAUCCAAUUGGAAGAUCAAGUGUACUCCCGCAAACUGAAGAGGCAGGUGCAAAUAUGCAAACUCCAGAAAAAAGUGUCAAAAAUACAAGUGCUGAAGUUGCAGAGAAAUCAACAGCUUUACUUAACGAAGAUAAUAAAUUAAAAGUGUCUCAGGAUAUUAUUGACGCUUCUGAAAAUGAUAUUGUUGAAGUAAGCAGUGAUGAAGUAAGUGAAGAAAAUAAUUUUGAAUGUAGGUAAUUGAUUGAUAAUUUUAUUUAUUUAUUUUCAU